AUGAAUAUAGAGCCGUCUUCGCAAGCUGGUGAUUCAUCUCCGAUGGUGGAGUCUCUUCAGAGAGUAACAUUGUCUCCUUCGAAGAAAUCACGAGGGAUUGCUUCAUCUCCGAAUAUCACUCACUCUUCAUUCGUCAAUGAAAGUCCAUCCUCACCUUUUACCCCAUCGGAGAAUAACAUCACAAAGAACAGUCAUAAUAUGCAAAAUUUCUCGUUUCCAGAUUUUCUUCAUCGACAGUCAAUAUCGUGGACUCUAAUUGCAAUGAGCAUUGGAUAUCUUUUAGGAAGAUCGGAGCUACAAUUCUCAUGGUUUUUAGUUUUAUUAAUAAUAAUUUAUUCGAUUUCAUCAAGAGUAUUUCGAGACUCUUCUCGAACGAUCAAUGAAUUACUCAGACAAAAAAAGUUGAAGGAGUGGAAACAAUGGAGAGAAAUGCAUCUUCCAAAAUAUUUGACAAACAAUGGAAAGGAAACAUCAACUGCUGAUGAAUCUAGCAAAAUAACAACUGAUCAAAACAGAAAAGAUGCAACCCUUUCCUGUGUAAAUACUAUUAUUGACCAAUUUUGGAGAGGAUUUAAUUCUGAAUUUAUUGUAAAGAUGGCCAAUGACUGGCUGAAGGAAAAUCCGAUUGCCUCUAAUUUUGACAUACAAGUUUCAUUCUUGGAUAUUGAUAAUGACAAUCCUCCAUUUUUUACAUCCAUUUAUUGCUCAGAAAAUACUCCAAAGAAAACAGUGAUCGAUGCAUGUAUAGAAUAUAACGGAGAACUUUUUUUGCAGUGGUUUGUUAAAUUAUUAAUUCCAAUACAAUUCUUGCUUAAAGACGUUUCAGCAAAAGUGAAGACAAGAAUUGUGAUUGAAUACUCGGAUAAUUUAGAAGAAUUUGGUAGAACUAUAUCCAAGGUGGAUAUGUGUCUGAUGGAAUACCCUCAAUUUAACGUGUCAGUUCAAAUGUUCAACUCUCUUGAUUUAACUGGCUCAAUUCCAUCUUUGCAAAAUCAGCUCAAGCUUGGAUUUGAAAAAGCUCUCCUUAAAUUUGUUUAUCCAAAGUUUAUUACUGCAUACAAGUAUGGAGAUGAAGGAAGAAACAGUGGCUUGAAUUUAGAAAUUGAUAAAAUUGUAGUUGAAGGAUUGGAAGAAGAAAUCAAAAGUAACCUAUUUAACAUUAAUCAACUUUUAAAAGCGAUCAACAAGAGUAACGGAGAAAAUAAGGAACAGAUCAAAGUUGAAGUUUGUACUAAUAUUCUCACCCUUCUCCAUCAAGCAAGAGAGCCAGGGAAAAUUCCAAUUGGAAUGACAGAUACCAUUCGGAACGGUUUUCAAAUUCUAAACAUGCUUACCUUUGGAGAAAUUCACAACAAUGAUAGUGCUGUGAAUGAAAAAAUUAUGGAAAUACUUUUGCAAACGGAUAACCUUCUAUUUAUUGCAGACGUCGUUAGAAAGUGUACAUUAGCAGAUGAGCUUGUGAUGAACAUUCUCUUCAAAGUGAAGGAUCCAAAGUUAAAACAGCAAGUGAAUAAGAGAUUCCAAGAGCUGGAAUUGGGAGACAUUCUUUUCACAGUUGUUGGUCGUAAUGAACGGCCGAAACAAUGA